CUCGUCCCACAUCAGCUGGACGGCGGAGGUUCAGCACAGUCGGGGAAGGCAGCUGGAAACAAACGUGCGCAAAGACACUCAGCCUCCGCGAACCUUUCCGCGCCUCCCUCUUCAGUGCGCAACAGAAAAUACUGCACACACACAAAAAACAACUGUUCUCCGUAACGGGUGAAAAUGACCCGUAUCUCAGUAAAGAAGCUUCUGCUCCUGCUGUGCAUCGGGGGAUCUGUCCACUGUAUGCCACAAUCUGCAGGGAAAAGUAAAAGACAAACGCAGCAACAAAUCCGUCUGGACCCGGUCUACGAGGAAGCCAGGAGUUUAGCCAUCCAUGAAAAUGGCUGCAACGACAACGGUCGAUUUUAUAGGAUGAACGAUGAGUGGGAGCGCCCGUACAUGGACAGCACUCUCAUCUGCACUUGUCAGGGGGCAUCAGGGGUCAAGUGUAAAUCCAAACCAGCAGCCGAGGAGAUGUGCUAUGACAAAUUCAAUGCACGCUCCUACCGAGUCGGAGAGACCUACGAGCGACCGAAGGAUAGCAUGAUAUGGGACUGCACCUGCAUUGGGUCCGGCAAAGGCAAAAUUAGCUGCACCAUCACAAAUCGCUGCCAUGAAGGAGGUAAUUCAUACAGAAUCGGGGACACCUGGACACGACCCCACGACACUGGAGACUACAUGCUUGAAUGUGUGUGCCUUGGCAAUGGAAAGGGAGAGUGGACCUGUAAACGAGUCGCGGAGCGUUGCUAUGAUGACUCACUAGGAUCUUCAUAUGUGGUUGGUCAGACAUGGCAAAAACCCUAUCAAGGCUGGAUGAUAGUGGACUGCACCUGUUUGGGGGAGGGCAACGGGCGCAUAACCUGCACCUCCAGAAACCGCUGUAAUGACCAGGACUCCAGAACCUCAUACCGUAUUGGUGAGACCUGGACCAAAACUGACUCCAAUGGAAACACUCUGCAGUGUCUUUGCACAGGCAACGGUCGUGGAGAAUGGAAGUGUGACAGACAUUCUGCUUCCCAUGCAACACCUGCCAUUGGUUCUGGUUCUUCCGUGGCUCAUAGAGUUUCAGAAGUGAUGAACCAAGUCAACGUCCUGUCUGAACUUCUUGAGGAGGAGGGUAACUGUAAAACCGAUUCAGGUGUGUCCUAUUCCAAUGGCAUGAGCUGGAUCAGAACUCAAGGCAGCAAGGAAAUGCUGUGCACUUGUGUUGGAGGAGGAAUCAGCUGCGAGGAGCAAGAUGGACAGUCCCAGGUUUAUGGUGGCAACUCUGGUGGGCAGCCAUGUGUGUUCCCCUUUGUUUUUAGUGGGAACACCCACUACUCCUGCGUUUCUGAGGGCCGAAGUGAUGGGCAGCUAUGGUGCGGUACCACCUCUGACUACGACAGUGAUGGCCUGUACUCAUUCUGUACCGGAAAGAACCAGCUUGUGACGACCCGUGGUGGAAACUCUAAUGGCGCUCUCUGCCAGUUCCCCUUCAAGUAUAAUGGACGCAACUACACCGACUGCACAUCUGAAGGCCGUCGUGACGGGAUGAAGUGGUGUGGUACUACUACUGACUACGAUGGAGAGCGUAAAUACGGAUUCUGUCCCAUGGCUGCUCACGAGGAAGUCUGCACUGUUAAUGAUGCCAUGUACCGUGUGGGUGACGAGUGGGACAAGCGCCAUGACACACUUGGUCACAUGAUGCGCUGCACGUGCCAGGGCAAUGGACGCGGGGAGUGGAACUGCAUUUCCUUCACUCAGCUCAAAGAUCAGUGCGUUGUGAAUGGACAGACAUAUGACGUGAACGAGACCUUCGAAAAGCGUCAUGACCAGGGCUACAUGAUGAACUGCACAUGCUUUGGACAAGGCCGUGGUCGCUGGAAAUGUGAUGCCAUCGACCAGUGCCAAGAACCCGAGACCAAGGUGUUCUACCAGAUUGGCCAGACUUGGAACAAGGUCAUCCAAGGCGUCCCGUAUAGAUGUUCCUGCUAUGGUAACGGCAUUGGAGAACUGGCCUGUGAGCCUCUACAGUCUACUGCUCCUGUUCGGGUCAUCAUCACAGAAACUGGAAAUCAGCCGAAUUCCCAUCCCAUCCAAUGGAACGCUCCCUCGUCUGCCCACAUUACGCAAUACAUCCUCAAGUGGAGAGUCAAAAACACACAAAAACCCUGGAAGGAGGCAACCAUUCCUGGCAACAUCAACUCCUACACCAUUUCAGGGCUUAAACCAGGUUUGACCUAUGAGGGUCAACUGAUCAGCAUUCUGCGCUAUGGACCUAGAGAGGUCACUCGCUUUGACUUCACCACUACGUAUGGCUCUCUGGCCAAAGCAGAGGGGGAGACCACCCAGCCCCAGCCGGAGGUGGACACCUCAGAGUCCGUUACCGAAAUCACCUCCAGCAGCUUCGUCAUCUCCUGGGUAUCUGCAUCCGACACAGUGUCUGGAUUUAGAGUGGAAUAUGAACUGUCAGAGGAUGGAGCACAGCCACGUGUGAUUGACCUCCCAAGAACAACUACAUCAGUGAACAUCCAAGAUCUUCUGCCUGGCCGUAGGUACAACGUCCAAGUUUUUGAAGUCAAUCCAGAAGGAGAAACAAAUCGCAUCCUGUCAACAUCUCAGACCACUGCACCUGACACUCCAACCAAUCACGAGGUCUCAAAUGUCCAGGAUACGUCCAUCAUGAUAAGAUGGUCCAAACCCCAAGCACCUAUAACUGGCUAUCGUGUGGUGUACAGACCCUCAGUCGAGGGCAGCAGUACUGAGCUCAUCCUCCCCAAGACUCAAACAAAUGUGAAACUGGGUGAUCUUCGACCUGGCUUGUCAUACAAUAUCAGUAUUUACUCAGUGGAAGACAACUUGGAGAGUGAACCUUUGGUCCUACUGGUCAGCACCACUGGAGAGCAACAGCCUGAGGAGGUCCAAGCUCCCACAGACCUGCAGUUUUAUGAAGUUACCGAUGUCAAGAUCACCAUCACCUGGACUGGUCCUCCUAAUGAGGUCUCAGGAUACCGAGUGACCUUUGCGCCUGUAAGCACAGACGGCCGGGCCCAGAGACCCCUUCAGCUUCCUGUGACGCAAAAUGCUUACGCCGAGCUCACGCACUUGCACCCUGGCACACUCUACCGCUUCCAUAUUUAUGCAGUCGUCGGAGGAGUGGAGAGUGAACCUUUGGUUGGGGAGAAAUCUACGAAGCCUGAUGCCCCUACCGACCUGCGCUUCACUGACAUCACUGACGACAGCGCUCUGGUCAUCUGGUCUGUACCCAAAGCUCAGGUCACAGGUUAUCGUCUAUUCAUCAGCAUCGGCAGCUCCAGCCCCAAACAGCUGAGGAUCCCUGGCCACGAGUCUCAAUACAAGCUCAGCAACCUUCAGCCUGAUACAGAGUACAGAGUCACUCUGCACUCAGAGCAAGGGAGCACACUCAGCGAAGGAGUCACUGAUGCCUUCAGAACAUCUCAGCCAACGGGUAAUGCUCCUCGAUUCACCACUGAUGUCACCGACACGGCCAUCAUCAUUACCUGGACCCCUAUACCACGGUUCAGCUACAGGAUGUCUGUGAGGCCCAGCCAAGGUGGUGAGGCUCCCAGAGAUGUGACCUCUGGGGAUGGCACAAUUUACUUUUCCGGUCUGACUCCAGGAUUGGAGUAUACCUACAGCUUGCAGCCCCUGUUCAAUGGCCGAAAGCGUGGCAACCCUAUCACAAAUAAAGUUGUGACAUCCCUAUCCCCACCAACUGACCUGAAUGUGGUGUCUAACCCUGUCACUGGUAACCUCAAUGUCAGAUGGAGCAGAACCAACAGUCCGGAUAUAACUGGCUAUAGAGUGACGUGCGCACCAACCAAUGGGCAGCGUGGAACUACUCUAGAGGAGAUUGUUCAAGCGGAAGAAACCUCAUGUACUCUUGACAACCUGAGUCCUGGAGUUGAAUACAAUGUCAGUGUCUACACUGUUAAAAACCACCUAGAGAGUGAGCCUGUCUCAACCACCAUUACGCAAGAUGUGCCCAAGGUGGGUGAUCUCAGUUUUGUUGAUUUCACGGAUACCACGAUCGGAAUUAGAUGGACCCCACUAAAUUACCCAGCGGUUACUGGAUACCAUAUAACAGUUGCUACAGCCGGCCAGAAUUUUCUUAUUUUAGAGGACAUGGUGAACUCCUCCGUCAACUAUUACACUAUUCGUGGACUGGAGCCAGGCAUCAAUUAUGAAAUCAGUGUGUCCACCAUUACAGAUGAGGCGGAGAGCGUGCCCUCAGUGAUCACACAGCAAACCCAAACUGCUGUUCUAGCCCCCACAAACCUGUACUUUCCUGAGGUGGGCUCAGACUCCAUGCAUGUGUCAUGGACCGCACCUUCUGUUCAGCCAUCCGAAAUUAGUCGUUUUGUCAUCCGCUACCAUCCCACAAACAACGACGAUGACACGCAGGAAGUCAACGUAGGAGGUGGCACCAAUAGCUUCAUCCUUCAGAACUUGCUGCCAAACACAGAGUAUCUGGUGAAAGUAGUGUGCGUCUAUGAUGACAAAGAGAGUGAACCAGUAACUGGUAUUCAGAAAACAAAACUGGACUCCCCGACAAAUCUGGACUUCUCUGAUGUUUCCACCAACUCAUUUACCGUGCACUGGAUGGCCCCACGUGCCGUCAUUACGGGUUACCGCCUACGCUAUCAGCCAACAAGGGAUGGGCGCCCUAAAGAUGAGAGACUUCCCCCAACAAGAAAUUACUUCACACUGGGGAACCUGGCCCCCGAGACAGAGUACAAUGUCUAUAUUUAUGCUGUCAGCAGCAAUACAGAGAGUCUACCACUUACUGGAACGCAAGCAACUGUCUCUGACGCUCCCACUGACCUGGCUGUGACGUCCUCCACUCCCACUAGCAUCAUCAUCUCCUGGGAUGCCCCUGCAGUCACUGUACGCUACUAUAAGAUCACACAUGGAGAAACAGGGGAAAGAGAUACACCCAGAGAGUUCACUGUUCCAGGAACACAGUCCACUGCUACCAUCCAGGGCCUGCAGCCGGACACCGAUUACACCAUCACGCUGUAUGCCGUGACAGGCAGAGGUGACAGCCCAGCCUCCAGCACACCAGUCAUCAUCACACACAGGACUGCAGGUGGAAGUGUUUCAUCUCCAUCAGAUUUAGAUGUUACUGAUAUUCAAGACAAUACCUUGACUGUCCGCUGGAGCCCAGCUACAGGUCCCAUCACAGGGUAUAAAGUAACAGGGACGCCCAAGGGUGGGGAAGGUCCUACAUUCUCUGAGCUGGUCGGCCCUGAGCGUACUGAAAUGACAAUCGGUGGCUUGGUACCCACAGUGGAGUAUACAAUUAAUGUGAUAGCUAUCAGCCGGGAAGGAGAGAGCACCCCAGUGGUCCAGAAAGCUACAACAGCCAAUUUGCAGCAUCCAAGAGACCUGACCUUCUCUGAUGUGGACGCCACCUCCAUGCUUGUGACAUGGGAUGUUCCACGGGUUCCAGUGACCUCCUAUAGGGUUCUGUACUCUAGUCCAGAGGAGGGAGAACGAGAGUACCAACCAGCCCCAAGUGGUCGUGAUAACAGUGUGGUUCUCCAGGGUCUGCGCCCAGGAACCAAGUACAAUGUUAAAGUCAUUCCCAUGAAAGGACGUAACCCAGUCCGUCCCCUUGAGGGUACUCAGCACACUACCCAUGAGGAGACUCAGCCCACUGCUGUUCCUGCUCCGACCAAUAUCCAGUUCCACGAGAUCAGUCCAUCUUCCUUUAUUGUGGCAUGGCAGGCACCCAGUGGCAGACUUUCUGGCUACCGUGUGGUGGUCACCCCAAAGAACCAGUAUCCCACACCCAAAGAAAUGAAUGUUUCACCUGACUCUACACAAGUCUUAGUGCCCGGGCUUAUGGUGGCCACCGCUUAUGAUGUACAUGUCUAUGCACUGAGGGGUUCAGACAGUAGUCCUCCUCUCACUGGAGAGAGCACCACUGCAGACAAUAUAACCCCUCCUCGCCGAGUCCGUGUCACUGAUGUGAAAGACACCUCAUUCACUCUUACAUGGCGCAUUGUCAAUAAUGAGCCAAUGACAGGUUUCUAUAUUGAAGCCACACCCAAAAAUGGAGGAUACCCCACCGUCAGACAAACUAUUCCUGCUGACACACUAACCUACGUUGUCACUGGUUUGCAGCCAGGUGUCUUGUAUGUGGUCAACAUGUACACUCUGAACGGAAAUAGUCGAUCCCCUCCAUUCACAAUGACUGUAACCACAGCUCGGCCAGCUGUUCAGUCUCCUACCAACCUUCAGUUCACCUCCCUGACCCCCAAUUCCAUCACGUUUACUUGGCAAGCCCCCCCAACACGAAUUACAGGAUAUUACAUCACUUAUGAAGAAUCAGGUGGUCAGCCUCGUGAGCUUAUACCAAGUCCUAAUGCUGGCCAGAACUAUGCCACCAUCACUGGUCUGAAACCAGGCACCGAAUACAUCAUUAAGAUCAUUGCCCUAAUGAAUACCCAGAGAAGUGCACCACUGGUUGGCACAGCCACAACUCAGCUGACUUCUGAUCUGCCUAGCCUGCCUCACCAUGGCGGCCCAGACAAGCUGGAUGUGCCUGAGCCUGACAACAGAGUUCACGUAGUGGGUCCCACUGGGCAUGAAUCACCUGAUGCACACGGGCAGCACGUGGAGUACACAGAAUUCAAUAAUCAGCCCAAUCAACCCAACAGAGGCUACCAGCCUCAACAUCGUCAACCUAACCAACCCCGACCCCAGCCUUAUGUGCCUCAAGUUGGGGAGACCCUAGUAUACAUCCCUAAGGUGGGACCCGAUGGGAGUCGUGUACCUCAGAUUAUUCAGGUUAAUGAGAAGCCUGGCGAUGGCCAUCCUUUUGGUUUUUCAGAGGACAAAACAGGAAGACCGCAAGAGGCCCAGACCCAGACCACCAUCUCAUGGCAGCCCUACCAGCAGAGUUCUGGUUAUCUGGUGUCUUGUCAGCCCAUUACCCAUCAAGAUGAGAAGAAGUUCCAGAUGCGUUUCCCAGGAACGUCCACAAGUGCCACCCUGAUUGGUCUCACCUCUGGUGCCUCUUAUAAUGUCAUGGUGGAGGCCUUGAAAGGAGCCCUCAAACACAAGAUCUUGGAGGAAAUUAUCACCGCUGGAAACACAGUACCAGGAGAUGUUUCAUCCAGCAAGGACUCAUGUUAUGACACCUUCACAGCCACUCACCAUGAUGUUGGAGAGGAAUGGGAGCGUAUGUCUGAGACUGGCUUCAAACUCUGGUGCAGAUGUCUUGGCCUGGGAAGUGGACAUUUCAGAUGUGACUCUUCCAAAUGGUGUCACGAUAGUGGAAACAACUACCGCAUUGGUGAAAAGUGGGAGCGACGGGCAGAAAACGGUCACUUGAUGAGCUGCGCUUGCCUUGGCAAUGGUAAAGGAGAGUUCAAGUGCGAACCACAUGAGUCCAUAUGUUACGAUGACGGAAAGAUGUACCAGGUCGGAAACCAGUGGCAGAAGGAAUACUUGGGGGCAAUCUGCACUUGCACAUGCUAUGGAGGACAGCAGGGUUGGCGCUGUGAGAAUUGCAGAAAGCCUGGUGCCGAGAUAAGCUCCGAGCUGCUGAAACCUGUCCGCUUAAACAACGGCCACAGGAUGAACAUUCAAUGCCCCAUCGAAUGUCUCCGACCUGAGCUUCUUGCAGAUGCUGUGGCCAAUCCCAAAACCCAAGAGUGAAACCUUUCCGACAGAACUGCACCAUGACCUCCUGCCCCCAUUAUGCAAUAUUUCACGUAGGACAUAAGAGAACGUACUAAACACAUACUGCCUUUAAAGCCUCCCUGUUUGUUACCACAUCUGUUCAGCUGCUGCUUUACACAAUGUCUGUUGUGAUGCAUUCACAGCCUUUGGCUGCUGUUACAUUGCUGUUAAAUUUGAUUGGCUUUUACUUGUGUUUGCUAGUGUGGAUAAUACUGGUUAAUACAAAUUCCGCUUUCUAGUCGGUUAAUACAGUCUACUACUUUAUACUAAAACUGCAACGGGAAAGAACAGAUUUCUAGUUCAAUUAAAUUGACAAAAGACUAAAACAUUA